CGCCCGCGCGCCGCGGCGAUGCCGGACCAGAUCUCCGUGUCGGAAUUCGUGGCCGAGACCCAUGAGGACUACAAGGCGCCCACGGCCUCCAGCUUCACCACGCGCACGGCCCAGUGCCGGAACACCGUGGCGGCCAUCGAGGAGGCUUUGGACGUGGACCGGAUGGUUCUCUACAAAAUGAAGAAAUCUGUGAAGGCAAUCAGUAUCUCUGGGCUGGCACACGUGGAGAACGAGGAGCAGUACACCCAGGCUCUGGAGAAGUUCGGCGGCAACUGCGUGUGCAGGGACGACCCAGACUUAGGAAGUGCGUUUCUGAAGUUCUCCGUGUUCACCAAGGAGUUGACAGCACUCUUCAAAAACCUGAUUCAAAAUAUGAACAACAUCAUCUCCUUCCCUCUGGACAGUCUGCUGAAAGGAGACCUGAAAGGCGUGAAAGGGGAUCUGAAAAAGCCCUUUGAUAAAGCUUGGAAGGACUAUGAAACCAAAAUAACCAAAAUAGAGAAGGAGAAGAAGGAGCACGCCAAGCUCCACGGGAUGAUCCGCACUGAGAUCAGCGGGGCCGAAAUUGCGGAGGAAAUGGAGAAGGAACGGCGCCUCUUCCAGCUACAGAUGUGUGAGUAUCUGCUGAAGGUCAAUGAAAUCAAGGUUAAAAAAGGAGUGGAUUUGCUGCAGAAUCUGAUCAAGUACUUCCAUGCCCAGUGCAACUUUUUCCAGGAUGGACUCAAAGCCGUAGAAAGCCUCAAGCCUUCCAUUGAAACGCUCUCCACGGAUCUCCACACAAUCAAACAGGCCCAGGACGAGGAACGGCGGCAGCUGAUACAGCUUCGGGAUAUUUUGAAAUCAGCAUUGCAGGUUGAGCAGAAAGAGUCUAGGAGAGACUCACAACUUCGCCAGAGUACAGCGUACAGCUUACAUCAGCCUCAGGGAAACAAGGAACACGGCACAGAGCGGAAUGGGAACCUGUACAAGAAGAGCGAUGGGAUCAGAAAAGUGUGGCAGAAGAGGAAGUGUUCGGUUAAGAAUGGCUUCCUGACCAUAUCGCAUGGCACCGCCAACCGGCCGCCCGCCAAACUCAACCUGUUGACCUGCCAGGUGAAGACCAACCCCGAGGAGAAGAAGUGUUUCGACCUCAUUUCACAUGACAGGACGUACCACUUCCAAGCCGAGGACGAACAGGAAUGUCAGAUAUGGAUGUCUGUACUGCAGAACAGCAAGGAAGAGGCUCUGAAUAAUGCAUUUAAGGGCGACGACAGCACCGGGGAAAACAACAUCGUCCAGGAACUGACCAAAGAGAUCAUCUUGGAGGUGCAGAGGAUGACAGGCAAUGACGUGUGCUGCGACUGUGGAGCGCCAGAUCCAACGUGGCUCUCCACCAACCUUGGCAUCCUCACUUGCAUCGAGUGCUCUGGAAUCCACCGGGAGCUGGGGGUCCAUUACUCCAGGAUGCAGUCCUUGACCUUAGAUGUAUUGGGAACGUCUGAGCUUCUGCUUGCCAAGAAUAUUGGGAAUGCAGGCUUUAAUGAGAUCAUGGAGUGUUGCCUACCGUCUGAGGACUCCGUCAAACCCAACCCGGGCAGCGACAUGACCGCGAGGAAGGACUACAUCACAGCCAAGUACAUCGAGAGGAGAUACGCAAGGAAGAAGCACGCAGACACCUCGGCGAAGCUCCACAGCCUUUGCGAGGCCGUCAAGACCAGAGACAUUUUUGGCUUACUCCAAGCUUACGCUGAUGGUGUGGACCUGACAGAAAAAAUCCCACUGGCCAAUGGGCAUGAGCCAGAUGAGACGGCCCUCCAUCUUGCGGUCAGAUCCGUGGACCGGACUUCUCUUCACAUUGUGGACUUCCUGGUCCAGAACAGCGGGAACCUGGAUAAACAGACAGGCAAGGGCAGCACGGCCCUGCACUACUGCUGCCUGACGGACAACGCCGAGUGCCUCAAGCUGCUCCUGCGGGGAAAGGCGUCCAUCGAGAUAGCCAACGAGUCAGGAGAGACGCCGUUGGACAUCGCCAAGAGGCUCAAGCAUGACCACUGUGAGGAACUGCUGACUCAGGCCCUGUCAGGAAGAUUUAACUCCCACGUUCACGUCGAAUAUGAAUGGCGAUUGCUGCAUGAGGACCUGGAUGAAAGCGACGAUGAUGUGGACGAGAAGCUUCAGCCCAGUCCUAACCGGCGAGAGGACCGGCCCGUCAGUUUCUACCAGCUGGGGUCCAGCCAGUUUCAGCCCAAUGCCGUGUCUUUGGCCAGAGAUACCGCAAACCUCACCAAGGACAAGCAGAGGGGCUUCGGGCCCAGCAUCUUGCAGAACGAGACCUACGGAGCCAUCCUCAGUGGCAGCCCGCCCUCCUCUCAGUCGUUACCCCCCAGCACCACCAGUGCACCCCCGCUCCCACCGCGGAAUGUUGGCGGCAAAGUUCAGGCAGCCACCUCGGCUAACACCCUGUGGAAGACAAACUCUGUAGGUGUGGACGGUGCCAGCAGGCAGCGAUCUUCGUCAGAUCUGCCAGCUGUCCACCCACCGCUGCCCCCUCUGCGAGUGACGUCUACCAAUCCCCUGACCACCACACCACCCCCGCCUGUGGCUAAGACAUCAGCCGCACUAGAAGGCAUGAGCCAGCCAAGCAAGCCCUCCCAAGCCGGGGCCUCGCAGAGCAAGCCCCCACCCCUGCCGCCCCAGCCACCCAGCCGCCUGCCUCAGAAGAAGCCAUCUUCCGGGACUGACAAGCCAACCCCACUGAUCAACAAAGGCCAGCCAAGAGUGCCUGAAGCUCCAGGCCCUCUGUCCAACGCCAUGGCCCUGCAACCCCCAGCACCCAUGCCUAGGAAGUCACAGGCGACCAAGGCUAAGCCCAAGCGAGUCAAAGCGCUUUACAACUGCGUGGCUGACAACCCGGACGAGCUGACUUUCUCUGAGGGGGAUGUGAUCAUUGUGGAUGGAGAAGAAGAUCAGGAGUGGUGGAUUGGCCACAUCGACGGAGACCCCAGCCGCAAAGGAGCCUUUCCCGUCUCGUUCGUGCACUUUAUUGCUGACUGAGUUGCUAACUGAGCAGAAGGCCUUUCUUUAAUCAUGACGUUCCAUUUUGUCAUUGGUACCGAGGCUGGCUAUAGCCGGUCUCCUGGAUCCUGCCGUAUGGCCACCCAUCGUCUCAUAGUACCAUUUUGUUCUGAAAACUCAAAGGCAGUUUUUAUAUUCAAGCAGAUUCUUUUUAUAGGUUGUGGUUUUCAUGCAACAUUGCUAUACUUUUACUAGGAAAAGCCGAAUGUCCUAAGAGUGAGGGGGCAAGAGGCUAUUUUAACUGUAGACCCAGGAUCCUGCAUUUUCAGGAGUAGCUAAGCCUAAAAAUGCUUAGACGAAUUUGGAGGAUUCUUCCAGCUUUCCUUAGCGCGGUUCUGCCAUUGCUUAGCUUUGGCACUGUCGGUUCAGCUGACCGGAACCGCGCUGCUUCAGUCUGUUGCCGUACCCUGAGCUUUGUCCACAGACGCCAUCCAUUCCCCUGUAAGACAUAUAUUCCUCUGAGACCCAGCCAGUGUCUGUUUAAAGCAACUUGGCAAUUUACACGUUAGCCUUGUACUUUUCCGGCCUCAGCCCAAGGUGGCAGCUGCCAUGAUCCUGCAUGUAUGUAUGACCCGUUGUUGUGAACAGUCAUACCUGGCAUACUACUGAUGGGCUAUUAGGACAUCGCAAUUUUAGCAGUCUGUUCUGCACCAGUAUUCUUAAAUUGCAGUUCCUGAAUUUGGUUGAAAACUGAGGAUGAUGGAUUGCAAAAAGCCCUUGAAACCAGCUUGUGUGCCCUAGGUGUUUUAGGAUUUGCCUCCUUCAACGUCCCCCGUCACUCAGAAAGCAACUGUACACGAGUGGAUGCAGACCACAGUGAGAGGCAGAUGCCUCAUUGUGUCCUCGUGUGUGCCACUGCCUUCCCCUCCCAGCUCCCAAGGACACCUGCUCUGCUUAGUGUCUUGUCUUUAAUAGGAUUCUCCAAAAGGAAUGGUAGUUACACUGUUUUGAAAUUUAGCCUGUUCAGUUGUUUGUAUUCAAGAGCAUAUCAGAAAUCUGUAGAUCCUGGGGAGCCCAGUACCCCCAGACAUCCCAGUUACACUAUGUAAGGCCUCACGUAACUUUGAAACUCACAAUAUGUGGGGUGGGGGUGGGGGACUAUAGGUUGUUGUAUAUGAUAGAAAUCAAAACUCAUUUGUUUCAUGAACUUGACUGUCAUACCUCUAUUUAAUAACUGUAAGCAUAAAAGUCAUGGUAGAGAGAUGGGAAAUUCUGGCACGCUUUUGGAAUAAAGAGGCGAGUAUAGGGUGUGAACAAGAGCUGGACUGCGAGCAAAAGGAACGGACUGAAGUGUAGGCUUGGCAACAAGGCAGUGAUGUUGUCCAGGCGACACCUGAUCGAAGCAGCUCCGUCUUUACUGUCUUUGCACAAGGCUCUUACGAGCACGGAGCUUUCCUUUCUUUGUCUCAAGGCAAUCAGGACAAACUGGAAUGUUUUAUGAUGCUAUAUAGUGAUUGUCUCCUGUCUUUCAGAUUCUGGGUAAAAACAUGUUAGAUCUGUAUCAAAGGUCAGUCCCCCUCCCCCCACCCCUUCUCAACACUACUUGUUACGUUCACUACUUGUUCAUUUCUAUCGUUUAAGCCCUUCUAGCCACUUUUCUCGUAGACCCGAGAGGAUGGACAGAUGCAUUUGCACAGUGUACCUCUUUACAGUGCCCCUCACCCACCAUGCAUCUGUAUCAUCCUCUUUGGUGACCUGGUGCCAGCUCUCUGAGGAAUCACGUUGAUGCAUAUCAACAUUGGAACUCCAGUCCCAAGCUAACCUAUCAGGUUCACUGGUACUUAAAUGCCUAGGAAACAUUUUCCCACUUUCUGGUGGUGCUAUUGUGUGGUAACGGAUAGUGCUUUCUACCAGAAGAGAAAUUUAAUCGACUUCCCUCCUAAUUAUCCUUUCUUAGUUAUUUGCUCUCUGCAAAUUGAGAAAACUGAAAGGAAAACAUUGUAGAUAUCUAUUUAUAUUUAAAGUUUACAUUUCAUGAGUGUCAGCCGUGGAAUUUGGGCUUCAUUUUUAUUUUUAUUUUAUUUUUUGCCACUUUCCGUCAGGUCUGACUUGGAGGGAAGAGGACUCAGAAUAUGGUGCGCAGACUAGUGUGAUCUGUUGAGGGUGAGGAUGAACUGCAGCCUAGAAUGCUAUUUUGAGAUGUGUGAUACUCGAUUCAUUCACUCGGUUACUUUGGUCUAGUUGCAGCGCAACUGUAUAUACUGUAUAACCUAAACGGAUUAUUUUCAUUGUCCUAAUGCAGUGAUUUAUAAUUAGAGCAUGUUUAAUAAAUUGAUUUCCUGUUAACCAGUCAUUUGACUGGAAAAAAAAAUAAAGUACUUUUAAAUGGA